UUACUUACUUGACUCUUCUCUUAUCGUUCUCGGUUUCUGAUUGUCCUUAAGAUUGGCCCUUGCACUUAAUAAUCUGUCCCACCUAUUGGCUAUCUACUAGUGCAACUAAUCAUCCUUGAUCGCUCUUUCCAUCCAAAAAACCCCCGCCAAUUUAUCGGUCGGCAAUUACCCACGCUUUCGUUGCAUGCGAUAACCAGUCUUCCUUCCUCCCUCCCUCCUUCCUCCCCCCCCGCCAUCAUGGCGACGGUCUCAACCGCCCCAUCGGACCUGCCUUUGGAGCAGCUUUCCUUGUACCAUGCCUCCGAUCCGUAUUUAUCGUCCAUCUUCAUCUUCUACGGUCCCGUCGCAACUGCAAAUGCCACCGUUAGCAGUUCGCGCAUUCAGGCGCAUAUCCUCACCCCCGCCGGCUUCCAAAGCUACCCGCGCAUUACCGUCUCCCCCGCAGCCCCCUUAUACGCCGCGGUCAACCACUUGCCUCGAGAGAAGCAAGGCGAUGAAGUCAGUCGUGGUCUCGCCGUCAGUAUGCUGAAGUAUUUUGCAGAGCUGUCGGACCCCGCCAAGGAGUGCUUGCAGACCUUCGCCCGCGCCGGAAAACCGGGGCUGAGACUGCCCAAGCUCUUCGACGAAAUGCACGCGGCGGAAAUAGCAAAUCGCAUGACGAAGAUAGAACACACCGCCGACAUUGUGCGCGACAUUCGUGGUGCUUUCCAAGAGCGCAAGGUCCCCUGGGUGGAUAUCGAUGUGGUCCUCCCCACCGGAGUGAUCCAACCUCCUACCCAGCCCGAUAACGAUGAUGAUGUUCAUGAUGGUAAUGCAGAUUUGUACGAUGCCCCCGAUCUUCACUAUGGACGCUAUACGGCUCUGGUACGAUCCCUAGGAGCGCCCAUGUUCCUGCCCACUUCCCGACUGAAGCGCGCCCCGUCGCAACCGACGAACCUGAGCAAGUCCCGGCUCUUCUCUAAAGGCCAGAAACAAGCCCUGCGCUUGACCAUGUGUGAAGUGGUGGAUACGGAAGAGAGAUAUGUGAACAAGCUCUACACCCUGGUGUGUCAUGUGGCGGAGGAAUUUCGGUUGAAGGCCCAGGCAAGAGGCCCAUCAAGUACCAGCCCCAAUGAGUCCGAUCUGGCCACGCUCUUUCCGCCAUGCUUGAAUGAAAUCCUGGAGGUCAACAUGGGUUUCCUGGGGGUAAUUCGACAGGUUCUCGAGGAGACGGAAAAGGAAGCCAUUGAUGACCUCACGGAUGAUACAGAACUGCCGUCGUCGGUGUCGCAACGAUCUUUCUCGCGGGAGGAAACGGAUGCGAUUGGCGCAGUGGCUUUUGCCAAUGCGCUUCUGGAUUGGUUCCCCCGGUUCUCCCAGCCGUACGCCGAUUAUAUGCGGGCUCAUACCGGCUUCACGCAGACGCUGAAUUCAUUUAUGAGAGACAAGCACUCGAGCUUCUCGAAGCGCGUCUACGAAACCGGAGAGCAAAAGCUGCGCUCCCUUCUCAUGGAGCCGGUGCAACGUCUCCCUCGCUACAGUCUUUUGAUCGACACCAUGACCGGCAGUCUUCCUCUGGUUCACCCGGCUGUCCGACCACUGCUGAAAGCGCGCGAUGUUAUCAAGGACAUUUGCUCGCUCGAUGACGCUUCAUCGACCAACCACGACCAGAGCUUUCGACGGUUGAAAGAGCUAGUUGAUGGAUGGCCCUCGACGAUUCUACCGACCGGCCGCCUGAUCACCGCCGUCGAUUUCAACGAGCUCACUCCGCCCUAUCAUCUUGAUGUUCCACCCACCGAGCCCAGCGCGGGGAUUAUGCUGAUUUACAAGAAUUGUCUGGUAUUACUAUCGAAGCCUGUGGGGGCAAAAACGACAGCGCGUGGUCUCCUGGCCGACCUAGAUAACGCCGCCGCGGCCACCAACACCGCGCCCAAUUCGCCUGCCUCAUCCGAGCUCCGAGUGGUACAAGUGUACGACUUACACACCGUGCGAUGUACGCAGUCCACGUGUGGCCGGGUUUUGUUCUUGGCUCCGGCAUCUGCCACCUCAAGACCCGACCAGAAUACGACAGUGGACCUGCUUGCGCUCGAGCCGGUGUCCAUGUACGAGGGUCGUUCGAGCCGAAUCAUAGAGGAGAUUGCGAAAGCUAAAAUUGAGGGCCGAUUCUCUGAGAGCGAGCGUGAAAGUGGCAAGUGGUCGCUGCGCAGUCCAACCGGUACGGUUGGAAAUCUCGGGAUCCUAGCAUGUGUGUUCGAAGAAGCGCCGGAAGAGGCCGCGCAGAGGGCCAAUCUGUCGAAGAUCCGGGUGAUUUUCGAUACUUCUAGGGCGGACUGCAGCCAGAAGUUGAAAGAAUCUGACUUGGAGGUGAUUGUGUCCGUGUCUUUGGCCAAUGAAGACCAAUACCGGGUGGAUGUUGACUCCGUAGUCGGCACUGCCUCCUCGGAUAUGGUCACCGUGGAUAGUUUCGUGCCCGUACUCUCCAAGCGCUUACUAAAUGUCCUCCUCCCUCUCCAUGGGCCUCGAAAUCGGACGAUGACGGAGUCGAUCGUACAUUCCAACUUCGACAUUCUUCGGUACCUCGCCGGACACCUCAUGGCUCAGUUUAAAGUUCCGCGUGGCUUCCGGCCCCCUUCGCCCUCGAAGUUGCUCUCCAGCCUUCUGGGGGGGAGUCAAUCAAAGGAAAGCAAUGCACCCAGCGCCAAGGCACCGACUUCGGCAACUCUACUGGGAGAGUACCCUAAAAUGCCACCGCCCCGAGGCAACAUGCCGCGCUCGAACACACUGCCUUCGGUUUUCCCUGGAAAGGAGGAGAGUCCGGUCAAAAUCUCAGUGGUGGGCGCUCCACCGACCAAGGGCGAGGAAAGUCCAUUUAGUGCGCUGGAGCAAACAUUUGCAGCUUAUGCACUCGCCCUGCAGUCUCGGAGUGGGAAUAUUGUCGGACGGUCUCUUCGCGGAAGGGAUAACGUCGAUCGGUCGUCGGUCAAUGAGCUAUACAACAUCCUGCUUGAAGACCCCGGGCGGAUCCAAGCAGCAGCCGAAGUUCCAGUUGACACGCUUUUUGUGGCCUUCGAAACGUUUAUGACCAAUGCGUGGAGGGAACACAUGGGCCCCGUUAUUGACUCACCUUCCCUAAGGAUUUUGCAAGCGCAGUUUGACAACAUGUUCCCACGGGACUUUGAUGAAAGCUUCCGAAGGUUCUUAGCUGACCAAAGCCCCCAGAAUCGGCGUGCGCUGGCCUCCAUGAUCCGGCUGCUGGCGGAGCUGCUGGAUGCCUCGGGUAGUGAUGGCGACCGGGGCGCGUUGACUGCGGCCUUUGCAGAAGUUCUGACAAUCGAUGGCGACCCAAUGCAGCAUAUCUCUCUCCUGGACCGACUAGUGGACGAUUUUGAUAACCUGUUUGAUGAAUACAUCCCUGGUGGUGCGUCAUUGGAAGGGACUCUCAACUGCGAUCAAACAAAAUCGGUUUCCCAGACUGCAGGCUCCAUGAAUUCGAACGCGUCCUCCUUCCGGAAGCGUUUCGGCUUCGGUCUGCACCGAGAAAACUCCAAGCUGGAGGGAGAAAGCAAGGUCUCGUCCAUCCUCAGGACAUUAAGCAAGGGUAAGGGCUCGGGUGACUCGGAGCCUGGCACGCCAAAGGGGUCGCUGCUACGGUCCAAGUCGAUCGACGUCGAUACCAGUCUAGGUUCCCUGUUGCGACCAGGCUCCCGCGACCGCCCAGGUGCAUCCAUCUCCCAAGAACAUCUUCGACGACCAGGUAGUUCCCAAGAGCAACCGCCGUCUCUGUCCUCCGUUCGUGGGAUUCCAACAAAUACAAAUGGAGUGGUGAAAGUGCGCCGCAAGAGACGAAGUUCCCUCUCGGAUCUCCGACCCGGCACUGCCUCUUCCGAUGUAUCUAUCGUAUCCAGUGUGGGACAACGACCUGCAACUCCGUCGUCUAUAUCAAAUCAACCUCGGGCCGACGUGGCGACUCCUGCUGGACAGGCGCGGCCGCAGACUAGUCAUGGCUCAGGUUCGACCGUCAGAAGCACAUCACCAGCCAAAGGUAACUCUCCCACUCGGUUGCCUUCGCCAACCCGCCGAUCACCGACACGUCCAGUGACGCCCAGCCGCAAAGAAAACAUCGACCCCAAAAUGCCGCAGACGGAACGCGCCACGAGGAGAAAAGGCGAAGCCUCGGUAUCACCUACGCAAGAGGCCAAGAGAAGGUCACGGGCUACAAGUAUACCCUCUUCUCGCGCCCCUGGUCUGAAGGAGAGACCGCUUCAAGUCAACGGCUCCGAUGCGAGACGCCUGCAACCGACGUCUUCUCAGAAGACCCCCAAAAUGCGGUUGCAGAGUCCCCAAAAGCUUCGGGAUCGCCUAAAUAGUGAAAAGAGAGCACAAAACAUGGCGCAGCUAGGUCUCAAGGAUGAGCUCGAACUCAUUGGUGAGGAACUGCGGGCGAUGAGACUUACUCCAUCGUUGGUUAGAGGUGACGGACAAGGCUCCGAUUCCCUUGACGAGCCAUUUGCCUCGCCUACCGCAAAUUCGUUCUUGGUGUCCCGCGUCCACAACCUAGAGAUGAAGUUCGAAACGCUAUCCGGCGAGUUCAAUGGUCGCACCGCGGCGAUCGAAAAGGACCUGGAGUCGUCUCUGGUGGUCAGCGAGAAACGUGCCAAGAAGCUCGAUGAACUUUAUCGCGAAGCCAGCGCUGAAAACGAAGCUCUUUACGAUCGGUUCAACUCCGAAUUGAGUAAGAUCGCUAAAGAUGUGAGAGCUGGAAAUGUCGAGGAAGCGCUCAAAACACAGCUGUCGUCGGCUCUCGAGGAGAUUGGCCGGUUGAAGAAGGAGAAUUUUCGGCUGAAGCGUGAAGUGGGAGGAUUACGCGCGCAGCAAGCCGCGGUGGCCUUGUUGAAGGCAAGUGAGUGAGCGCUGAAUGGUAGCAGGCUCGCGUCAGUGACGUACAUUUUCAUUAUUCUAAUGUUUUGUUUCUUUUUCUGGGAUAUCUUCGAACUGGAUAUGAGUGUAUGCCUGUUACUGGAGAUGGCCUUUCUUUUCUUUCCUCUUUUUCUUUCUCGGAAUCUAUUAUACGGUGGUUUUGGCGUCUGAGCCAUGCUGAUGCUCAGGAGCGUCGUUCAUUUUAUU